AUGAAGCGCAGUUACGAGAAUGCGCUCAAACUCCUAGCAACACGAAGGCGGAAAACCCGACCGAAAACACCUGCGCUAUCUCGUACCAAUCAGGACGCAGCGAUUCCUAGCGAUAACCCAACUGUGAGGGGUAUACCCAGCUUGGUUGGAAUGAAAGAGUGGCUGCAGGUUUUGGGACACUCGGAGAGUGAUGUAAACGCCAUUAAUAUUAUUCACAUCACUGGAACGAAGGGUAAAGGAAGUACCUGCGCGUUCACACGCUCAUUUCUCCAUGCGCAUGGUUUGAGAACGGGAUUCCCAAGGCGGAUCGGGUUAUAUACCUCCCCAGAUCUGCAAUGCAUCCGAGAGAGAAUACAGAUCGACAAUCGACCAAUCACGGAGGAUCUCUUCACAAAAUACUUUUAUGAAGUCUGGGAAAGCCUUGCAUCUUCAGGUUUAGGACAGGAAGUCGAGACCACGAGACAGCCUCGGUACCUGCAAUUUUUGGCUUUGCUAGCCUUCCAUACAUUCAUCAGAGAGAAUGUCGACGCCGCUAUAUUUGAAACUCACCAUGGCGGAGAGUUUGAUGCUACCAACGUGAUACCCAAACCCGUUGCGACAGGAAUCACCUCACUUGGGAUGGACCACGUUGAUCAGCUAGGCCCUACGAUCGAAAGUAUCGCUUGGCAUAAAUCAGGGAUCUUCAAGCCUGGAGCACCUGCAUUCUCGGUACCACAAGAACAAGGACCGAUGAAAGUCUUGUGUGAUCGUGCCGCUGAGAAGAAGACCAGCCUGAAGUUCAUUCCGACCAAUGAGCAUCUUCCUACCAACACCAAGGCGCUGAGUGUCCCAGUACAGCGAAUCAACUCUUCCUUAGCCCUUGAGCUAGCCAAAAAGUUUUUACAACUCAAAGCACCAGGACACAUAAUGGAAUCAGACGAUAUCCUCAGAGGCAUCGAGAACUUCUCGUGGCUCGGGCGAUUCGAAAUUAUAGAGGACGGGAAGUCUCAAUGGUUCGUGGAUGGGGCGCACAAUCCUCUGAGUCUCAAACAAGCAGCAGAAUGGUAUUCAAACAACAUUGUUGUCGUGGAACCGCGGAGAUGUCGAAUUCUUAUCUUCAGCCACUUCUCCGAGGAACGUGACGGAGUGGACCUAAUGGAAAGUCUGGCACAUGCUCUUUCGGAAUACAAUGCGAAGCCAGAUCAUGUCAUCUUCACCACAUACGAGGAGAGAAUUGAUGGGACUACAAGAAUAGAUAAAACCCUCAAAGUGCCCGAAAAACCUUUCCCAGACCUUUGCGCUACAUACUCUUCAUUAUGGAAAGACUUCGAUAACCAGGCUGUAGUCUCAAGUGAGUCAACCAUUGAGGGCGCGUUGAAUUCCGCCAAACAGAUCAGUGCCCAAGAAAGUGGUGCACAGAUCUUUGUGACGGGCAGCUUGCAUUUGGUUGGGGGAGCCCUUAACCUUUUACGGCCUGAAAUUUGA